GGCCGCGGCGGCGGGGAAGGAGGGGUGUCUCAGGUGUCUGCGACCUCGGCGCCGCCCGCCCGGAAGUGCCCGCGGGGCCGCGAUGGAGCUGGCGGAGCCGAGCGCUCGGUAGCACAGCAGGCAAGGCAGUGCCAUGGCCUUGAUUGAAGGGGUGGGUGAUGAGGUGACUGUCCUUUUUGCGGUGCUUGCCUGCCUCCUGCUGCUGGCCCUUGCUUGGGUCUCAACACACACCACUGAGACCACCACGGACCCCCUGCCCCAGACAUCAGGGACUCCAACAGCAGCCCAGCCCAGCGAAGCCAUGGCAGCCACUGACAGCAUCCGAGGGGAGGCUCCAGGGGCAGAGACUCCCAGCCUGAGACACAGAAGUUCAGCUGCACAGCCAGAGCCUGGCACAGGGGUUACAGCAACGCUGCCACCUCCGGACUCCCCACAGGAGCCCCUAGUGCUAAGGCUGAAAUUCCUCAAUGACUCAGAGCAGGUGGCCAGGGCCUGGCCCCACGACACCAUUGGCACCUUGAAAAGGACCCAGUUUCCCGGCCGGGAGCAGCAGGUGCGCCUCAUCUACCAAGGCCAGCUGUUAGGAGACGACAGCCAGACGCUGGGCAGCCUUCACCUCCCUCCCAAUUGUGUUCUCCACUGCCACGUGUCCACGAGAGUCGGCCCCCCACAUCCCCCCUGCCCACCGGGGUCAGAACCAGGCCCCUCCGGGCUGGAAAUUGGCAGCCUACUGCUGCCCCUGCUGCUGCUGCUGCUGCUUCUACUCUGGUACUGCCAGAUCCAGUACCGACCCUUCUUUCCCCUGACCGCCACCCUGGGCCUGGCCAGCUUCACCCUGCUGCUCAGUCUCCUGGCCUUUGCCAUGUACCGCCCGUAGCGCCUCCACGGGCUCUUGGCAAAGCAACCUGCCCUCCUGGACCUCAUUCUCCAAGGCGAGGUGGGAACUGCUGUCUGCCCCGGCCAGCCUCCCCAGCUUGCUUCUUCCCACUACCCUGGAGCCCAGCCCUGCGUCGCAGAGGACUCCGGAGGCUGGGGGAGGCUCCUCCCUGCGAUCUUCACGGCUCUGGGCCACCCCCGGGAGCUGCUGGCACUCAGCCCUCACUGACAGUGGGCUCCUCCACAUCGGGCACCUGCUGUCGCUGCCUUGGCCCUGGGCAGAGCCAGGCCACCCCCCUGGGCCCGCCUUAGUGUCCUGCCGGAGGACCCAGCCACCUCUGGUCCCUGAGAGGCUGAUUUGGGGACCCAGAUCGGGAGGCUGGUGAAAGGGAGCUGGGAGGGACAGAGGUGUCGUCUGGAACAUGUGCAGAUUAAAAUAACUGUGAAGUUUUCA